AGGCCAGUGAAUUUGACUUUGUCAGGUUCCCAGGCAAGUGAGUGGCAGAACCAGGCUCAGAACCCCGGCUGCCAUUUAACACACUUUCCAUUUUAUUACACCUGCCAAAAAGAUGGAAGACCCCAACACUCUUAGGAGACUCAGGCCAGGUACAUUAAGUUGUGGAGGCAAUAGGAGAGCUGGUGGGUAUAUUCCAGAAAUCCACAAUCAGGGACUCUGAUGGCUACAGUGGCCUUACCAGGAGGGACACUAGCUACAUUACAGCCCAGAGGUCCUUGGCACUGCCUUACCUCCUCCACUGUCCCCUGCCUCAGCUCCAAUCUCCUCUUGCUCAGGUCUGAGGUCAGAGGAAGGCUUCACCUCCACUGGCAGGGGCUGGAGAGAGGCUGAACUCCCUUAGGAGGGGCAGUGGGCAGGGAGGGGGCACUGUGGUUAAGUUCUCUUACAGAACUGUACACAGAAAGAAGGAAGGUGAAAGCAGGAUCUCUCAGAGCCUCAUAUUUGCUUGGAACCAUUUAAAAGUAUAGAAGUGACUUUUACUGCCAGGGUUCCAGAAUGAGGAAAGCCCACAGGCCCUUGGCACAGAGUCUAAUCCACAGGCGCCCAGGUUUUGGACCCUUCCGGCAGCACCUGGUGAAUCCUAGCUGGGAAGCAGUGAAGGUGCUCUCCAAGCUGGGCCUGGGGGGUGACACGGAGCUGGAGCUGCGGACACUUCAGCUGCCAGUGGAUUACAGGGAGGCCGCGCAGAGGGUUACCAGAAUCUGGGAAGAUCUUCAACCACACCUCGCCGUGCACGUGGGCGUGGACUCCUGCGCGAAGGCGAUCGUUCUGGAACAGUGUGGCAAGAACACAGGCUACCGGCAGGCGGACAUCCGGGGCUUCCGGCCAGAGGGGGGCGUGUGCCUGCCUGGUGGCCCGGAAGUGAUCCUGUCGGAGGUCAGCGUGAGGGCCGUCUGCCGGCGUGUUGCGCUGGAAGGCAUCGAGGUGAUCUUUUCCCGAGACGCGGGCAGAUAUGUCUGUGAUUACACCUACUACCUGUCGCUGCAUCAUGGAAAUGGGCGCGCAGUGCUCAUCCACGUCCCACCGUUAUCACCUCGGCUCCCGGCCGGCCUGCUGGGAAAAGCCUUGCAAGCCCUUGUCCAGGAGCUGCUGGAGGAGGUGGCGAAGCCCGAGCUCAAAGCCUGGCUUGCAGAAAACUCUACCCUGGUGCUUCGAGCCAAGGGGAACCACUUGGGGCUCAGAUUCUUUCUAGAAAAUGAAAUGUUUCAAUACUGUGUGUAGAGCUCAACUGUGUUUUGAGAGGCUUUAAAAAAAAUUGCUUAUAAAACAGUUUAUACAGAGGAAAAAAUUCUGAAUUAGGCCAAAUGAAAUCACAAAGGGUUAUUUUAUUGUCAGAAGACAGAACACUCUGAAAGGCAGACAUUUCACAAGGAAUUAAGUAGCUUUCAGUUAUGGUUUUCGUGACAAUAAAAUGAAAUCUUAGUAAUUUUUUUACUCCCAAAACACAAUGCAAUGGGCCUGUGUGAUCCUACCCGGACUGCUGGGCCCGCAAACCUGUUCUGCAGGCCCUUGCAGGGUGGGUUCAUCCACAGGCUCCUGGUUACUGGGAAGCACAGGUGUAGCUACCCCCUGGGGUGCCCCGUUUUCGGCCCCCAAGUUCAUGCCUCUGGGUAUCCUGGGCAGCUUCUGGCCACUGAGUCUCUAGUGUUUAAGCCAAAGUUGGUGCAAAAAGCCAAGGUUCACAGUAGGGCUUAGCUUCUCUGCUGUGGUCAGUGUUUUCCCUAACUUAAAAAACAGAACCCCCAUCUUUACAUCCCUCAUCUUGCCUCUCCGACAGCACGUUGGGCCUCGUGCCAAGCUGCUCACAGCGAGUUUAUGUGUCCAGUGUUUUCUGGGCGCCAUGGUCUAUAGGGAGCCCUAUUGGCAACAGUGGUUUUGGAGGAAGGGGGUGAAGUGGUUAAGCGCUGGGAAAUUUUUUGUUAUGUUUCAAUGCUCACGACGAGCACUUUUUCAACUUAAUUACAUUUUAAAGAAGUCAUUUCGUGCACAGAUACAUCCACACCACAAAGGAAGUAGACAAGCCUUGAAGGCCUCUGCUAGGUCUCCAGAGCAUCUGUGCCCUUGGAAUACUUUGGGUAGGACCUCCUCUGAAUUAAAACUGGAUCAUUUGACAAACAGAUCCAGGUGACACUGCAGCAGAUCAAAGCCAGCAGGUGGGUGGGUGGUGCUGGCCAGCACACACAGGUACCACCACCACACAGAUGUUCAAUGCGCAGUUCCUUCUGCCCUUGUAGGCCCCUCGUAGGCCGAUGGCAGCUGCCCAGGCCCCCCGCCCCCUUGCUGCAGCUGCUGCCCCGGGACACCAGUAGCAGCGGGCCCCUGACGGUGCUCCAGCAUGUUAGGGUGCUUGGCGACAUGCCAGGCACGUUUGAACAACCUGUAGAUGUUAUCUGGUUGGGAGCCCCAGAGCUCCCCCUUGAUGAGCUUGCCCAUCAUCCCCUCCUCUCUGGCCUCUAGGGCUCCACUUGGGAGAACCCCCGAAGGCCCCGUCACCUCCUGGUCUGUGCAAUGGCACGGCCUCCCCCGGCAACAUCCAGGGGGCCUGUUUAUUUGUGGCUGAUCCUCGGCAUUUCUGAGUGCGUUUAAAAGCCCCAACCAUAAAAUCUGGUAUUAGAAGCAAAGCUAGUUUGGUUAUUUAAUAGCUUGGGGGGCUUGGGGAUGUCUUUAUGGUUUGCUCAUCUAUAAAACAGUCAUAAAAAUCCUUCCUUUGCAGGGUGGGUAUGAACAUUCAAUAAGGGACUUGAAAUGCUUUUAGUGACAAUAGUACACUACAAAAUACACACCUUACCGAGUAUGGACUUGUAGCUGGACCUGUGUGGCCAAAUAAGGACAUCGCCUUGCUGGGUUUGUGGUCUUGACAUGGGGGAUGGGGGGGAGGGGUGUCUAAUGCUUCUAAUGACCCAGCAGUUGCCUUUUAAGAAACUGCUGUUUCCUCUGACUGAACAGGACAAGUGAAGCGUGCACUUUGGCACCUGGGAAGCGCAGCGUCAACCCGUCCAGCCGAGUGGGCUCACCCCUCUGGCUUCCCUGUGCCCACCUGCCAGCAGCCCAGAAAUCCCAGCCUCUGAAGCGAGCCUUCCUUUAGUCAGCAAUCAUCUGGUGAAGGUCCUGCGUGCCAGGCACUCAAGUGACAGUGGUGAGCAAAAACCUGGGCAACACCAGGUAUGAGCAUCCUCUUUUGGAAGAGCCUUUUGUUUUCAAGUCCAGGUACUUGUGACUCCUCAGGUCUUAGGUAACCAUGGCCUUUGCUUUGUUUCUACUGCCUACACUUGGCUAGUUAGCCCUUCAUCCAAAGACCUGGUUUUGUGACUGGAGUAUAACGUCCCAUGAUCAUAUUUUAGUGAAAUGAUCAGCUUGUUCUCCUGAUGUUAUAUUUAUGUACCUCUGGUCUGAUUCUAGAACAUUUACAGCUUGUUUCCUUUGACGGUACAAUUACAUUCUCCACCGUAACUGUGCCUGGGCUGUUGGGCCCAGAUCUCCAAUCAUCAGCUAGAAAGGAACAUUUUCAAACGCCUCCAGCAACAUGUCCUGCCACAUCGGUCCUCACCUGCACGCCUGGCGGUAGGCAGGUUAGCUGGGAGGUACCAACAAGGAAGUGGAAAUGUGAAGAGUAAAGUCCUUUGCCCCAGAGUCACCCAGAUGAAACCUGCCUUGGCCUGACUUGUGUCAGCGGAACGCAUAAGAAAAAAGUCUACAAAUCAGUCAAAAAUGAAGCACAGAUUCCUGUAUUUUAUGUAUUCAGAUUUUCUUUUAGCUGCUUUAAUAGUGAGAAAUAGAAUAGCUUUCCGCUCUUCACCAGCAAUUUGCAUGCUGAGGAGGUUCAGCUGUCAGCAAUCAGCAAAGCCUUCUCACACAACGCUUCCCGGUGACGUGUGAAC